AUGCUACCUAAAGUUACAGUAUUGAUCUCUGGUUCAGGCUCGAACUUACAGGCCCUCAUAGAUGCAAAAAAAGAGGGACGUUUAAUUGUCGACAUUUGUAGAGUUAUUUCCAGUAGUAAGAAGGCUUAUGGGCUACAAAGAGCCUCUGAUAAUGGAAUUCCAACUACUGUAAAGUCAUUAUAUCCAUACACCAAGAAUUUGGCAAAAGAUGAUAAAGAAGCUCGCUCGGAGGCUAGAUCGAGAUUCGAAGCUGAUUUAGCGCAAGAAAUACUGAAGGACAGCCCUGAUCUAAUUGUUUGUGCUGGUUGGCUGUUAAUUCUUGGACCGACUUUCCUACAGAAACUAGAUGGAUUGCCUAUCAUAAACCUUCAUCCUGCAUUACCUGGUGCCUUUGAUGGUACCACACACGCCAUCGAAAUGGCAUGGAACAAAUGUCAAGAAGAUAAAAAGCCAUUGACUGCAGGUUGUAUGGUGCACUACGUUAUUGAAGAAGUCGAUAGAGGUUCUCCAUUGGUAAUCAAGGAACUUGAAAUUAUUCCAGGCCAAGAAACACUGGAAGAGUACGAGUCGAGGGUACACGCUGCAGAGCACGUUGCCAUCGUUGAGGCUACCAUCAAGGCAUUGAAGAAUGCUAAUAAAUUGCAGUAA